AUGCCAUCAUUGGAUACGAAAGAUAGCAAGGCAGGUGACAAUGGAGAUGAGAAGCACAGUCGAGCUGCGUUUGAUGUUGAAGAUGAUGAAACAGUUUUAGAAGAUGAUGCCAAGAAACCACCACUACGCGCAAGUAUUGGAUGGGGCAAUGAAUCGACAUUUGCUAGUGACGACAAGGAUGCUUCAACUCCUGACGCGACUUCAACUACUGCUGGGUCCAGUACUAGUGAUACGAAGCGUCAAGGUCGACGUCGCAAAGGGUUCGAGACUGUGAAUUCAAGUAAUGAGCGGCGCAAUCAGAAGAAUCGGUACUUCGAAGACGACGAUGAAAUUACUGAUAUCAUGGAGAUCCCUGAUCUUGAGGAAGAGGAACGCGAGCCCGACAUUACUACUAUAAUUGCAAAAGCUCCUCGCAAUACGACACGAGCGGUUCAAAGCUUGAAACAGCUUGAUAAUGACAUUAAGUUCGCACUUCCGAGUGCUCAGAUCCACGGCAUUGAUCUCCAUCUUUUGACCAAGAACCUCUGUCCGGAAAGUGCGGUUCUCGAAGAUGACGAGGUUUGGAAUUUCGAUACGCUUUUGAACGACAUCGCACACGAGAUUCAAAAAGAUUUGGAUGAUAAAGAAGAGCUGAUGCGUUUAACUUCUCAAGAAUCUAAUUAUCCAUGA